AUGUCAAUUGCGGCCUACACUGUCGGCGGCGCUGCGACAGUCAGCGCCGCCGCCGGGCUGUACCUGCUUUUCACAGGUUCAGGAAAUGCUUUCAACAUCGGCGCGUUCUUGGAGCAAACAAGUCCAUAUACUUGGGCGAUGCUUGGCAUCGGACUCUGCAUCGGGCUCAGCGUCAUUGGGGCAGGAUGGGGCAUCUUCAUCACAGGCUCAUCAAUUCUAGGAGCUGGUGUGCGAGCGCCACGAAUCACAACAAAGAAUCUGAUUAGCAUCAUUUUCUGCGAGGUAGUCGCCAUUUAUGGUGUGAUCAUGGCGAUCGUCUUCUCUGCCAAGGUUACAGGCAGCGCAGGCAUUGACACACUCUUCACCCCGGAGAACUACCUGACUGGGUAUCUGCUCUUCUGGGGAGGCUUGACCGUGGGUCUCUGCAAUCUUAUCUGCGGUGUUUCCGUCGGCAUCACAGGCGCGAAUGCAGCCGUGGCCGAUGCAGCGGACCCUCAGCUAUUCGUCAAAAUCCUCAUUGUGGAAGUGUUCAGUAGCAUUCUCGGUCUGUUCGGGCUUAUCAUUGGCCUGAUCAUGACGUCUAGUGUCCAAGAAUUCGGGUCCGUGUAAUAUGCCCACAGGCUUGGCAGAAAUGUACACUACACGCAAAGGCUGUUCACUGAUUUGAUGAAUGAGACAAUCGCCUUUCAGAC